AUGUCUGCUGAAUUUGCAGCCUCGAUUUUCGGCGAGCUCUGGAAAUUAAAACCCUUUGCGAGGAGAAGAAACAGAAAUGGCGAAGGGAAUAUGGAUUGGCUACUCUCUCCAACCAACUACAUGAUUGAGUUAGUCCCUUCUAAGCAAAAUGAUUCCAAUGGAAGAUCACUUGAGAUAAUGACACCGAAAGCCGCCCGUGCAGACAUUCAUAUGAAUCUUCCAGCUCUUCAGAAAUUGGACUCCAUGCUUAUCAGGGGACGGAACAAGGGUACAAACGAGAGCAAGAGAUGGUGGCUUCCAUCGCCACAAGUUCCCAAACCUGGACUCUCUAACUCAGGAAGGAAGAAAUUGCUUGAAAAGGGCAAAGUUGUUUAUCAAGUCUUCAAAGCUACAAAAUCCAUAAACGAAAACAUUCUUCUCGAAAUGCCACUUCCCGCCAUCAUCAAAGAAGCAAUACCCAAAAUUCUGCAACUAACAUCCUGUAAAGUUCAUCACCAAGGCUGCUCUUUCAAGACUGUUACAACACAAGAUUUCAGAGAUGGUACACCGUGGUCAUUUGCUAAAGAUCCAUUGUCUGAAACUGGUCGAAAUGAGUCAGUCUUGAACAGAGCAGAAGCGCUUAGAUAUCAGAUAAAAUCUAAACACCGUAAUCUCCCUCAGUCGUUUCUUGAUGCCACAAAGAUUCAGUAUGGCAAGAAUGGUUUAGAAUUAUUUUCCGCGGAUAAUGCUAAGGCGAGUUCGGUGAGUACAACUCCAAGUAGAUGCAGUAGAGUUUGGUGUUUGAGUAAAGUGCCCUCUGAUGCUUCUCCUUGA